GCCGCCUCCCCCACCACAGACCCCCGACCCUCGCCCGGCCCCUGCGCCGCUCCGGGGAUCGAGCCGGACGGCGUUGACUUCCCGUGAUCUUUGUCUCGGAGCCCCCAGGAGGCAGCUGGCCUUGCCGGCCUUUCGGGGUGACAGCGGGCACCGCACCCCAGAAGAAGUUUGCGAGUGAGAGGUGGAGGACGAGACCGCAUGGAGCAGUCUCUGAUGACACUUGUUCUCUCGAGACGUCUCCCCCGCUCCAUCCCCUUCCAUUAUCCCUCCUGCUUGCACUUGACGGACUUUUUAAAGCAAGAGCUGCCCCUUGUCUCGGGAAUGCACACCCCCUCUCAAACCCUGCACCCCCAUUUCUGGGGCUGAGCCGGAGGAGAGUCACAAGAAUGGGAAGAAGAAGGUGGACGCCAUGACUCUCAUAAAGGAAGACAUGUCCAUCUUUGGGCACUGCCCUGCCCAUGAUGAGUUCUACCUGGUCGUGUGUAACCACUGCAGCCAAGUGGUGAAGCCUCAAGCUUUUCAGAAGCACUGCGAAAGAAGACAUGGGCCCCUCAGCAAGCUGUAUGCCCGGGCUCAGGCCUCUGCCACCUCUCAGAAAUGCCACGCAGUAAAUGGGCAGGGCCCAGCUUGUGGGGGCCAAGGCCCCACCAAAGCUUCCUCAAAGGAGAAGGUGCCAGGGGGCCGAGGCCGGGCUAAUCACCCGCCUGAGAAGGCACAAAAGGACAACCUCUGCCUCUUCGUGCCUGUGGUGAAUUUGGAGAAGAUUUCCAGUCUCCCUAAACCCGACGGACAAGGGAUCAGAGUGAACCCCAAGCCUCUGACUCCUCACCCCACUUUCCUCGGCCCACCCGGUGGUCUUACUAAGGAGCCCCCUGGGAAAGCCCCCACAGCUCCCUCUUCCAAAGAGCCUCCCAGCAAAGGGAGCAACGACUCAGUCCUCCUCGAGGGGCCCAGCCCCCAGGCCGAGAGCGGUAGCCCCCCUGAGAAGGAGCCCAGUGUCGCCAGGCUUCAGCCCAAGGCCCACAAGAAGAUGGCGCGGAAGGAGUGUGACCUGAACAGGCAGUGUGGGGUCGUGAACCCAGAGACCAAAAAGAUCUGCACCCGCCUGCUGACUUGCAAGAUUCACUCAGUGCAUCAGCGCCGGGAGGUCCAGGGCCGGGCCAAGGACUUUGAUGUGCUGGUAGCAGAGCUGAAGGCCAAUUCCCGCAAAGGGGAGUCCCCCAAAGAGAAGAGCCCUGGACGAAAGGACGUGGGCCCCGAGCGCCUCUCUCAGGAGCUGCCCUCCUCAGCCCAGGCGGUGUCAGCUCUGCCCAGCAGCACCUUUCCACCCAGGACCAAGCAGACCUAUCCCUACUGUGCACUGCCUAGGUCCCGGGUCUCCUCUGAAAGUGAGCUAGAUGACGAAGGCCCUUGUGGUGGUGAUAGAGACCCAGGCCUGUUUCCUUUCCCUCUGCCUCGGGGUGGGGCCCAGGCUUCCAGUGAGGAGAGUGAGGAGGAUGGAGCCCCUGAUGACUUCCACCACGUCCCUGACUGUCAUUAUGCAACUCGGCCCCCUCGGCCACAGGCGUUCUGCACCUUUGGUAGUCGGCUGGUAAGCCCAGGAUGUUACGUGUUUAGUAGGCGGCUGGACCGGUUCUGCUCUGCGCUCAGCUCCAUGCUGGAGCGACAUCUCAGCUCACAUAUGUGGAAGAAGAUCCCACCAGCAGCCGAGCCCCCGUCUCACCUCCUCGUCUCUCCCCCACCUGUUCCCCUGAGCCCUUCCUCAGCAGGCACCUGCCCCCGCCUUUCUGGCCCCAGCCACAGGCCCCCCUUCCCACCUUCUGCACCUGUUACCAAGGACAACCCAGCCCCCGGCUACCCCGCAGGCUCUCCCAGCGUGGGAGCCGCCUGUAGCCAGGCCGAGUGCACAGGUGGGAGUCAGGCCAUCACCUCGCCGCUGCCUGCCAACACCCCUUCACCCUCCUUCAGUAAGCUGCCUCCUUCCAAGGCCAGCAAGCUGUCCAAGGGCAAGGAUGGGACCGAUGCGGAGGCCCCGUCCCGCAAACGGAAAUUGUCCCCUGGCCCCGCAGCCUUCAAACGGACCUGUAUCCUGGAUGCCCCUGGGAAAGGCAAACCCGCGGGCUGCCGAGCCCUCCCUGCCAAGACUAAGCCGGCCCUGGGCAUAGGGCUCAAUGGGGCAGUGGGACCCCGGGUGAAACGGGCGGGGCCCCUGGACUGUCGGGGCUCCCCACACACACCCCCAGCGCCCGUCAAGGCCUCCCAGCUGGAGAACCGGGGGGGAGCCGGCCACCCUGCCAAAGCUCUACAGCCCAACUGCCUCUCUGAGGAAGAGGCCAAGAAGAGGAAAAACCUGGCCACGUACUGCCGGCCAGUGAAGGCAAAGCCCUGCCCCACGGGGCCCCCGGCGGCCGACUCGGCCUGCUCUGUGCGCAGGAAGAAGGCCAGCCCGGCCUUGGGCUUUGAGGAGAAGUGCACCACGCUGAAGGUACCAUGCCUAGGGAAGGCAGGGGAGCUGGAAGGAGGGCUCAGGGGAUGGGGGACGACCAGAUCGGGCCCCUCCUUUCCCUUUCCUAUUGGACAAACGCCACAAGGGACACCCAGGUAUGGGGAGCGCUGAGCACAGCUCGGGAAGGAUCCCAAGGGAAAAGCAGAAUGGGUUCCCUGGAGCUGUCUCGCCCCAAGGUGGGGCAGGUUGUUCCUGGGCGUUUUCUCGCUUUGGGUGGCCCUCUAAUUCCAAGGCCUGGUAGAAGAGAUGCUCUUGUCUCCUGGAGUGGGGCCGGCUCUCCCUGCCUCAGCUUCCUUGGGGAAAGAAGGCUGGGUUCUGGGAACUUGAGUCUUCUAGGAGAGGAUGGAGGAAUGAUGGGAAGAAGCUGGGGCCAUCAGGGCAGAACACAGUAUUCUGGAGAGGGUGCAGGAAAGGGUAUUUGUGGGUAGAUUUCUGUCUGGGGAGGCUGCCCUGGAACUUGGAGAUGAUGUGAGCAUGGCAUGUAUGUCUGUGUAUCUACAUCAUUUAAUAGACCAUGUAGGUAACAGCCUCCUUCUGGCUUCUAAUACCAGGCCUGGGCUUCUCUUUUUUUUUUGGUGAGGCAAUUCAGGUUAAGUGACUUGCCCAGAGUCACACAGAUAGUAAUUGUUAAGUGUCUGAGGUCGGAUUUGAACUCAGGUCUUCCUGAAUCCAAGACUGGUGCUCUAUCCACUGCACCAUCUAGCUGCCCCCCCCUUCUCUUUCGGGAGUGGUGGGGAUCUCUAGUUACUUCUGCUACCUACUGCUGGCCUUCCAGCUUCCUUCCAGCUCCCUGCCUGUGUACCCAGUAGUUCAGCCUUUGCAGAAAAGCCUUUGGAAAGCUGAAAAUGCUGGUGGUUAUGCCCCAUGUGCCCUAGGCCAGGAGGACUUGUGCGGAGGAAGGGAAAGUGUUGACUCCUCAGCCCUCCCUGCCCUGCCUUCUUGGUGACAGCAGUAGCCUUGCCUAGGAGCUGUCCCCCUGGCAGCGGCUCAGUCACCAUGAGGUUUCCUUAGGCACAAUUCACUGGAGGCAGCCCCUGGACUGCCGGGCUUGCCUUGCCCUGCGCCUGCUGGGGCUGCGCAAGCGGCAGCAGGUCCCCGUCAGACCCCUUCCCUGGCCCAGGGCCGGAAGUCCACCGGUUCAGCAGCAGGACUCGCUCUUCCCAGGCCAGUGCUCCCCCCCACACGGGUCUUUCUUGCCUCUUGUCUUCCUGCAGUCAAAAGCGCAUUAAUGAGAAAGUGCCUGCCCAUCGCAACGGAGCUGCCAGCG